UUAUUUAAGGACUACUUUGUUGUGAUGUUGUCUCCCUGUGAGCUGGACACCACCAUGAAAAUGCUGUUGCAGGUUCCCCUCUGGGCUCAGCGUGUUAUCUAUGUGCAAGGGUCAGCUCUCAAAGACACAGACUUGACACGAUGCAGGUGGGUUAAUCGUAAAUUCUUUGAACAGAAUAAUUAAUGGUAAAACUCUUGGAACAUAAUAUUUAAUGGUAAAUUCUUAGAACAGAAUAGUUAAUGGUAAAUUCUUAGAACAUAAUAAUUAAUAGUAAAUCCUUAGGGCAGAAUAGUUAAUGGUUAAUUCUUAAUAUAAAAUUGUUAGUGGUAAAAUUCUUAGUAUAGAACGUUUGCGGCAACCUCUUUGUAUAUUGGCCUAUAGAGUCAUUAACAGGUAUUGUCUUAGUAAAGAAUCAUUUAAUAUCUAUUCAUUUACUUAAUAUAAAAAAGGCAAUGAAAACAAACUUGAUCUGAUAAGACUGGGUUGUCGUGGCGGUCUACUUGCAUUAUUCUUAAAUACAAAAAUAGAAUGUAACUGAUCAACUCUUAUAAUUAAGCAUUAAAUAGAAUGUAAAUGAUCAAAUCCUCUAAGCUGUUUUCAAUGAUCAACUCAUUUAAGCUGUUUUCAAUUAUCAACUCAUCUAAGAUUUUUCAAUUUUCAACUCAUCUAAGAUGUUUUCAAUUUUUAACUCAUCUAAGAUGUUUUCAAUGAUCAACUCAUCUAAGAUGUUUUCAAUGAUCAACUCAUCUAAGAUGUUUUCAAUGAUCAACUCAUCUAAGAUGUUUUCAAUGAUCAACUCAUCUAAGAUGUUUUCAAUGAUCAACUCAUCUAAGAUGUUUUCAAUGAUCAACUCAUCUAAGAUGUUUUCAAUGAUCCACUCAUCUAAGAUGUUUACAAUGAUCCACUCAUCUAAGAUAUUUUUUUCUUUCAGGAUGCAAGAUGCUGAAGCUUGUUUUAUUCUGUCUGCUAGGAACCACAGAAACAACGCAGCAAAAGAUGCAACAGUGAGUCUUCAUGUCUCCUCUCUUUACCUCAUGACAGCAGUGCUAAGUUCUUGUUGUAUUCAGGGAGAUCCCCUUUAAAUAACACUUUUAAAUAACACCUUUAAAUAGCACUAUUAAAUAACACUUUUAAAUAACACCUUUAAAUAGCACUAUUAAAUAACACUUUUAAAUAACACCUUUAAAUAGCACUAUUAAAUAACACUUUUAAAUAACACCUUUAAAUAGCACUAUUAAAUAACACUUUUAAAUAAAACUUUUAAUUAACAUUUUUAAAUAGCACUCUUAAAUAUCACUUUUAAAUAACACCCUUCUCCGGCAAGUGAAAAAAAAAACAAAACAGAAGGGUCUGAUGUUAGAUAAAACAAUUUCUUUUUUGUUUAAUUAAAAUUUUACAUGUCUGACAGGAUCAACAUACUAUCAUGAGAGCAUGGGCUGUCCGAGAUUUUGCUCCCAAGUGCCCUCUCUAUGUCCAGUUGUUCAGGCCUGAAAAUAAGUUUCAUGUCAAAUUUGCUGGUAAAUUUGAAGAAAAUAAUUAUGUCAAAAUGAUAAAUUAGUUCAUUUUUUCCAUAAAUUUUUAAAGGAUUAUGAAACAAGAUAAAUCAGGAAAAUGUAAGAGUUAAAAUAUGACCAAUUUAUUUAAAUUAUAUAUUAGACCUUAUGUAGAACAUGUGAUUAUUUGAUGAAUACUUUUCAGCAUUCAAUAAAUGUUUAUGCAAAAUUAUUCUUAAACAUAAUUCUUACAACAGAUCAUGUGGUGUGUGAAGAUGAAUUCAAAUAUGCCCUUUUGGCCAACAACUGUUUGUGUCCUGGCAUAUCUACAUUUGUCACGCUCUUACUGCACACAUCUCGGGGCCAGUGAGAAUAUAUAAUUUUUUAAUUACAUUUUUAAAACGUGAACAAUCUUGGUUUAUUUAUUACAGUUUGAGCCAGUCUGUCUUUUACAAUUAAAUAGUUUUCUAUUAUGAAACUAUACAAAUUUUAAUUACUCUAUAUAUUAAUCAGAAGUAACCUUGUUCUUAAUAACUUAUUUUUAAAUGCUUGGUAAUUGAUUUAGUAUAUUUAAUUUUAACCCUAUAGACCAGCUUCGAUUGAUUGAAAACUUGGAAUUUCUUUUCAGAGAGGGACAAACAUCACAUGAAGAUUGGCAGAAACUUUAUGGAAAAUGUUCAGGGAAUGAAAUUUACCACAUUCGUCUAGUAGACAGCAACUUCUUUGGGGAUUACGAGGGGAAAAGUUUUACAUAUGCUUCUUUUCAUGCUCACCGCAAGUAAGCAUUGAUUUAUUAUAACAAAUCCCAGUUACAGCUUAUCUGUUGGAUGUUUUCCAUUGGUUGGAAGAAAAAUGAUAUUCUAUUUUUAUCAAAUGAAAGUUUAGUAAUAAAAUAUUUAACUUCAAUUUUUUAGUGUUUUUUGGUGACUUUGAGUCAAUUUCUGUUAAAAUCAACAGAUAUGGUGUUAGUCUUGUUGGGGUACAGAGAGACAUUCCAGGGUGCACCAUACAGCUCAACCCAGGACCUCGGCACAUCAUGCGCAAAACAGACAUUUGCUUCUAUAUGAAUAUAACCAAGGAGGAGAACUCUGCCUUUAUUUUAGCUCAUCCGAACCAGAUGUGCUCAAGUGGCGACAGAGCCAGGCUGCCUCAGGGAACAGAAAAAGCCUCUCGAGUGGCUAGUAUGAUAGCUAGCGUUGGUAAUUAUUGUUAACAGAUAAACCAAAAAUGCAUUUACAUUUGCAUGCAAUCAAUUAUCAAAAUAAAAAUUAGAAUUUGAUGAGAUUUUUUUUCCUUGGUUAAAUCAGUCAGAUUAGUCCUGUAAGUAUAAGUAACCAGAACAAUACAAAUAAAACUACCUCUGAGUUAUUUAAGGUUCUCUCCAGAUCAGAAAAAAGGAGAAAUAAAUUGGAUUGCUAUGAAUUGAUCACUAUUUUUAUUUUAAAAUAAUAAUAAUAAUAAAAUGCAAAUCACUUUAUGAGCAUAAUAUCUAUAACUUGGAAUUUCAAAGUAAAAUAACUACAGCCAGAAAGUGCACUAAAUGUUUUUCAUAGGAAUACAAAAUAGACAAUUGUGUGGGGGAAAAUUUUAAUGAAGCUAAACUGACAAGUUAACAAUUUAAUGGAAAUUAUUGUUAUUUUUGUUGGAACAACAGGUACAGUUGCACUGGAAUUACAACACACGAGGGUGGGAAAUUUUAACUCUGAACCUAACCUUAUAUCUAGAACAGGCAGCAAGAAAAGGAACCUUAGUUUACCAAAAGUAAGACAUUUCCUUUUAGUUUAGUUUACCCAUGAAAUGCAGUUUGUUUAAUUUACUAUAGUUUAUUAUAUUAAAUCCUGAGAGAUGUAUGACCCCCACCUCAAAAAAAAAACAACUACCCCCUUUUUAGCCUUUGUUAAAAUGUAUAAGAUUUUAUUAACAAAGGCAAGUUUACUUUUCUCUGAUUAAAAACCUAACAUGAAUACAAUAUUUAUUCUUCCAGGGUCUCAACAUUCAAAGCUUACAGAAGAGACCAAGCAUUGCACCUGUACCAGCCACCAUGGAAGCCAAUAAUAUUCAUAUCAAUGUCAUGGCCUCAGACUCUGAUGAUGAAGAUGAGGAGGAGGAAAAUGAGGAGGGAGAUGAGUUUCCAGAGUAAGUCUGUACUUUCUUUACAGGAAAAAAAUUGUGUAAACUUCAUAGGCUUAACAUAUAGUUGUGGCUGACUAAAGAUAAAACAGAAUAAUGAACUUAGUAGCACAACACCUUCAUCUGCAAAGAUGCAGUAGGCCUACAAGAAAAACAUGAAAAUGAAGGUAAAAUGUAUUACGUACGAAAAAAUAAUGAAAAGCUGAAUACUGCACUACAAAUUUGUACACAAAAGGUGGUGCAUCAGAUGAUUUAUAAUGGUGUACCACAAUUUAUUUGCAUUUGUUUGUUUCUUUUUUUUUUUACAUAAAUAUUCUUGGUGAAAACUUCUUAGACAAAUAAAAUAAAUUAUUUUUUGGAAUUCAAGUAAAAUUUUGUUUAAAUUUCUACGAUCUUCAAAAUGUGUGAACACCAUUUUAAAAUAUAUUUUUCAAUCAGCUGGGUUUUUUUUCUGUUUCUGUUCAAAAAGGUAUGUGAGAGGGUUUCCACCUGUUAGUCCUUACGUUGGAACUAGUCCAACACUUUGUCAUUUGAUGAAAGAAAAACGUCCACUGUGCUGCCUUCAGCUUGCUACUGUAAGUUAACUCUUAACCAAUUAAAUUAGCCUUAAUUCUGUUUUGUUGUGUUAAAUAAAUGUUUCCAGGAUAGCAUCUAAGUCUGUACUGGUUGCAGACAUUGGCUGAGAUCAAUUUUGAGAUUGUUUGAGGGUUAAUUUUCAUCUGUUUCUCAUUCUGAUAAAUAUUUCUGAGUAAAAGAUAAUUGUAGGCCUUUCACUGGUCCCCCACAGCAAUGCUGUCACUGUCGCCACCAGAAUGCCAGAGAGUACAACUGGCCUAAUCCUGCUAUAAUUGUUGCUGCUGAUUAUGCCAGUUCUGGACUCUACAACUUUAUUGUGCCUUUGCGGUCUCAUGCCCGCCCCAAGAAAUCACUCAACCCAAUUGUUUUACUAUUUCCCAUGCAGUAAGUUUUUUCUCUACAUUUUUCAUAAAAUCUAUUUCCCAAAUGUAGCAUAGAUCUUCUCUUUUAUUAGUAAAUAAUUAAACUUUUCUGCUUUGGGUAAAAAGUUACUUGAAUGUAUGUUUUGUCAAGUAACUUUAGUGGAUGGGAAGUUCAUGCACUGAGGUCACCAUUGUUUUGCAGGCUCUAGUCUCAUCAUAAAUGAACCGUCAAAAUUUUAUAAUUUUAAUCUUUCUGGUAUUUUUUAUCAUCUGCAGACCAGAUUCCAGUUUCCAAGCUAUGAUAAGCUUUUUUCCUUUAGUUUACUGGUUGAAAGGUUCUAUUGACUGGUGAGUCUUGAUGCUAUUGUAUACAUUAUUUAGUAACUGGACAUCAGUAAUUGUGGCUUUCAAAUAUCUUUUAAGUUUAUUAAUUAAUCAAUCAUUUUUUUCUGUUGGAAAGUUAAAGCUAGAAAGAAAUUAAAUCGGUAGCUGAAAGAAUUAAAAAAGGGUUGCAACCUUUGGUGUAAUUAAAUGAUGUAUUAAAACAUUUAAAGUAACUUAAUUGGAGUUUCAAGUUUUAUGCGGUUGGUAACAAUUAAAUUGUUUUUGUUUUUUUAAAUUUCAUGAAAAGAGAAAGGAGUACACUGCAGAUUAAAGCAACAAAUUGAAAUUUACAAACAGGAAAUGUUCCAGUUAUAAUGACUGUAAAAAAACUAUAAUAAUUUAGUAUGCUUUUGACAAUGAACCACUUUAAAUAAUUAGAUUAUUCUGGGUAUUUUCAGCAUUGAAGACCUACUUAAAGCAGGGAUCAACCUGACAGAAAAUGUGGUCGUUGUAAAUAAAGAAACGUCGAACUCAAGGGAGGAAGACACAUUAGCAGAUUGUAACACAAUUGUCUCUGUGCAGACUAUAUUUAGGUCACUGUUGCUUUCUAAACAUCUAUUUUUUUAAAUGUUAUGAGUUUUACAAUUUAAGAAAAACAAAUAAGAUAUGCAGAUAUUCUCACACUCAUGAUAUUAAAAAAUUGUUUGCUUAAUAUUUAAUUUUGAACAUAGCACCUACCCAAUGAAUUGUAAUUGUUUAUAUAUUAUUGCAUAAAAUAUUUUCUAGGAAUAAUGAUUUUUCUGUUUUUAAAAUGUUUAAAUUAUUUAAUUUGGAAAGCGAUUAAUUAUAACUUAAUUUGUCAAAUUAUGAAUUGCAGAUUGUUUCCCAAGGCAAACAUUAUUACAGAAAUAUCCCAUGCACCCAAUAUGAGGUUUAUGCAGUUUAGACCUGAUGAUCUUUACGCUCUUUCCAUAUCCAAGCAGGAAAAGGUAACUCUUAAAUAAUUAUCCAAUAUUCUUAAAUGUUCAAAAGUGUCAUAAUUUAUUUUCUUAUGUAAAUGAAUUUACUUAAAGGGACACUUAUAAGCUGCAGCAAAGAUUCUAUUCUAGCUUUAGUAAUGGAAGACUUACACCUUAUCAAAACUAAAAGAUAUGGAUCUCAUUUAACAGAGGAGGCAUUUAUGUGGAAAAAAUUAUAUACCCUACACUUUUUUUAUUUUAUUUAUUUAUCAGAAAGAAAGAGAGCGGGGAUCAAACAUCUAUUACAUGUUCAGACUUCCCUUUGCUGCUGGCAACGUAUUCAGUGCUAGUAUGCUGGAUGCCCUGCUGUAUCAGGUUUGACAGAUUUCUAUAAAGUUUGGCCGUAUGCUUCAUUUUUGUUUCAUAAUUCUUACUCUUAAUGUACCCAACUUUUCAACUCUUAAAAAAUAUUCAUUUGCACAUAUGAUAGUGAAAGAUAAGUAGACUUAAUUGUGGUAUUUAUUUUUUUUUUUUUGUUUGCAGGCCUUUGUGAAAGAUUAUCUGAUCACAUUUGUUCGACUUCUGCUGGGUAUUGACAUGGCUGUUGGCUCAGGUCACUUGUCUUCUGUGAGUUGUAUUUAUUUUACUGUUUAUUUGGUCAUAGUUUAUGUCAAAUGGGAGUCAAUUAUUAUUAUUUGAUGCAUGACUAUGCCAUAAGAUUAUGUAGGCUACAUAUGAAGUUUGCAUGUCAUAAGAUUAUAUCUAUAUAUGAAGAAUGUUUAUAUGAGAGUAAAAAUUUUGUGUUUAAUAAGAAACUAGGCCACUGUUGAUAAUUCAAAGAUGACAAAAUUGAUCUCCUGUAUUCUACAUAACUCAUAUAAAAACAAAUACACUAGCUAAAUGCUGUUUUUAAAUGUAUUUAACUUGCAUAAAAAUGUAGCUAUUCAUCCUUCCCUGUGGCUAUGUAGGGCUUUGACCUGCUUCACAACAUCCUUCCACACAGACUAACUGAUGUUUUUCUUUUCCAUGCUUGGAUUCUCAGCUGCUGUAGAUCUUUUUCCACAUUAUCCAUCCAUCUAAGCCUAGGUCUGCCUUUGAGCUGUUUUCUUCUUGGGUUUUGGUGUGAACCCUCUUCACUACUCUGUAAUUUGGCAGUCUCUCUAAGUGUUCCACCCAUUGCAGCCUGCCUUUUUUUUUUAUUUCUGCUUCUAUCAUGGGAUCCUGAUAUAGACCAUAAAGUGUCUAGUUUUUUUUUUGUAUUCUCCAUCCACAUUCAUUCUUUGCUGGUCUGUAUAUUUUACAGAGAUUUUCUCUCCAAUGUUUUUAUUAGGUUUUUCUGCCUUUUUUGUUACGGGUCUAAGUUUCACUUGCAUAUUAUGUUACAACUGGUCAGAUUACAGCUUUACAUAUAAUUUUCUGUUUUUCUUGUGAGGUUUUUACUUUUGAGUAUUUAGUUUCUACUGAAGUAUGUCCUGUUUCCAGUUACUUUUUGUGCAUAAUAACUUUCUUCUAGAGAAUCACACUGCAUAACACAACCUAAUUACCUGUUAUAUAGCCUGUAACUUUUACAAGAUAAGGAAAGUCCUGAAAUAGAGUUUCUGGAAUAUGUUUUAAGCAAUGUUAUAUUUUUAGCCUUUGAAUUAGCUGAUAGAUAUAUUUUGGUAACAUAAAUUUCCUCAGGUGACCAUUGGUAAAGAUGACCUGUGGAUUAGGACCUAUGGCAGACUCUAUCAGAAGCUGUGCUCAACAGCCUGUGAGAUCCCUAUAGGUAUCUACCGUACACAGCAUCAUUCUGGAGCAGCUGAAACAACAUCGGUAAGAGUGGUGGAAAAUAUAACUAACAACAUUUUGAAGUUGCGUACAGUGCAUUGUGUGUGAGUUUUUAUUGUGUGUACAUUUGUUGUGAGUUCAUUUAUAGUUUUUAAUUAAUUCUCUAAUUUAGCUUUUUAUCUUUUUUUUUUUUUAAAGAUUUCAAAUAAUUUUUUAUUCAGGUUGAUGAAUGGCAGAAGUAUGAUUAUUUUUUGGAAAAGCUCAGGAUACUUGUGGCCAGUUAAAUUUUUUUGUGGGCACCUUUAGAUGACCAUUCAAUAUUCAUGAAAUACUUUGGCCAUUAAUAGUUUUAAGGCUUUAUGAGAGAAAAAAACAAACAUUAUUAUUAUUUGCUUUGCCACAGCCAACAUAACCAGACAAACAGAGCGAGAAGAAAAUAAUUCAGAAUGUUUAAAUAUAAGAAAAAAUUGUUCUGCUUCCAGUUUCAGUUUCCUUUCUUGUCUGUUUGUUGCUGAUGGUUUUUUGGGUGCGACAUGUUGCAGAUGCUGUUUGGUCCCACAAAGUUUUAUUAAUAAUCAUACUUUUAAGCCUAUUUACAAGCUUUUAAUGCAGUCCAUUCUUAUUAUCUUUUGCCGUGAGUUGUUCCCCCUUAAUGAAGAAAUAGGUUCUUUAUGUGCCUUCAAGUUGCUGUAAUUUUAAUGAUAGCCACAAAUCCCAAAUUUAAGAGUUAUGCUCUAUUAAGUUUACUGUGUGCAUUGUUAAAUUUGUUGGUGUUAUCUUGAGUUUCAUCCCUAAUUUAUUGCUCAUGAAGCUAGAACCCAAUCAACAAUUUAUACUGGUCUGAAAUGAAUAUUGAUAAUUUUAAAAUUGUACCUUAAACUAACCUUAUUCUGAAUUCAGUAAGACACAAAAUCAUUUUUUUUUUGUAUUUAAUUUCUUAGUUUUCAUAUGCAAGAUGUUAAUCUAGUCUGGAUUGUUUAUAAAAGCUGCUAUUAAUAACAUCAAUUACAUUUUUUUUUAUUAAGCAAGUUAUUUUUUAAAACCUUUUUUGGGUGACCAUAAGAUUAAAAAUAUAUAAUUAAAGCUUUUUACUUUCAUUACAUCUCUGUGUUAUUGCACAGGAAUUUUUUUUUUUUUCAUGAUUAUUUUAUUUUGUUUGAAUGCAGUGAAAACUUUUUUUAAAAGUUAAAAUAUUGGGAAGAAAUGCACACAAAAAAUCAAAUCUUUCAAAAGUGAUACCGUUGUUAUGUGUGGCAAUGCAACAGAGUGCACUACUUUUAAAAAACAAUAUUUUUUAAAGAUUAUAUGAAUUAUUGAAAUUAGCAUUCUCUGUGCUUUAAAUUAAUAGUAAAUAUUGGGGGGAGGGGGUGGGGAGGGGGGGGGGCGGGGUUGUUUUCAUUUUGAAAAAAUCCCUACACUGUUGCCUGUUAUUUUCCAUUUUUGAAUCAGUCAUGAGAAUGUUUUUUUGAGUUUUGUAGAUCUCUUGCACCAGUAGAUCCAGUGAAUUUUCCAUCACACAAUAACAUAUUGAAUGUAAAGAUCAAAUGAAACUGAAUGCUGUAGAGCAGUGGUUCUCAAUCUUCUUAAUGCCGCAACCUUUUAAUAAAAUUCCUCAUGGUGUGGUGACCCCCAAUCAUAAAAUUAUUUCCGAUGAUCUUAGGAGACCCCUGUGAAAGGGUCGUUCAACCCUUAAAGGGGUCAUGACCUACAGGUUGAGAACCGCUGCUGUAGAGGCUUACAUGAACAAUGCUUUAAUAAGAAUACAAUUUUUCCCAGCUAUCCUGUUGUAGUAAUUUGUUCAAGCUCUCAUGCAAUACUUGGUCACAUAAAUCCCGAGAGCUCUGUGUGAGUAACAACAGCCAGCAAGAGAUGAUCCCAACUUUUAUAUAAUGCCUUAUGUUCUUUCAAAGCCUUGAUACCCGCUAACAAUUUAUCCUCUUUCCAUUAAAAAAAAAUGAUUCCAGAAAAUAUUUCAUCUACUAACUUCCUAUCUCUUUCAUUGAAAAAUGACUGAUUAUUUCAUUAUUUAAAAAAAAAAAGCUGAUGAAUAUCAUAAUUAUUAUUUUACAGGUUGUCUAAAUGCUGUAAUACUUUAUUGUUAAGGCUCCUGAGAUAUUUAAUCUUGCCAUGUAAAUAUUGGGAAAUAUUUGUAUUUCUACCAACACUGGAAUACAAUGCUGCAAAGUUAAAUGUUAAUAAAUUAAAAAAUUGCCCAUUUACUUAAGUCAUUUAUUAGGAUUCAUAAGAACUAUAUAUAUAUAUUGCUAAUGCUUGCUAGGGGAAAAAAAACUUAUGAAAAUAUUAGUAAACAUUAUAACUCCUGUUUAGGUGCUGAAAAAUGCCAGUGACAAAGUUAAAACAAUGUGGAGGAGAACAACUAUGCGACUCUCUCCCAAAAAAUGUGGAUUGAAAAAUGUUAGUUGCACAUAAUGAAAUAUAUUUUUUUACUUUUAGCCUAAUUUAUGUAUUCACACGCACUAGUUUCAUGCUUUUCAUUAAUUUAUAGUUUGCCUUAUCAGUUUUAAUGAUUUGCUAAUCACCAUUUACUUUUGAUUGGCUUUUUCCAUUUCAAUCUAAGCAAAUUGCUUCUGCCAAUUUAAUUAUAUUACAAUGAAGAAUGUACACUAUCUCUAACUUUUUCUUUCAGGAUAUACAGGGUGGCCCAGAAAAAGUGAUAACAUCUCUUACAAUGAAAUAUAAUUGCAUCAACAUUUGUUAACUGUAUACAUUUACUCAUUUACUUAUGUACCUAUAUAACUAUAUGAUGUCAUUAUCAUGACAAUUUCCGGUGGUCAUAAAUGACAAAAUACAUAUUAAUUCAAUUAUAUUAAAUAACCUUUUGCUAUGAGAUGUUCUCACUUUUUUGGGCCACAAUAGCAAAUUUUUAUUCAUAAAUCAUGCAGAUUUUUAAAUUAGUACUUUUAAAUCUAUCAUCAUCAGCAAGCAGCAAAUAUGAGAUAGAUGGGUUUUUUUUAAUAUUAUUUAUUUGUACAUCUGAGAACAUUUCUGACACAGAUUAAAAGUUUAUGAAGGAAAACUCUGUUUUAUUGUUAUUUGUUUAUCAAGAUAUUUCCGUUUCUCUUAAUCUUUUUUAGCUUUGUCAUAUUUCAGAUAUCUUCUUAUUCAAUAAGACAAACCUCCAUUUUCAGGUGUAGGGUAUAUAUUUUAUUUUCUCAUCGAAUAUCUAAAAUUGUUAUCUAUUUAAUUUGUAGAGCUAGUUAUAUUUUGAUUAUUUCCCAUUUCCAACAGAAACAUGACUCAGAAAUCCUUUUCACAUUUUCAUGAAAAUCUUAUUUAAAUUGCACUGAAGUUUACGAUUUGAUCUCUACCCUUAUCUUGAACUUUUAUUUACACAGCAACUUAUGUAUGCUUGUAUUUUGACAUAAAGUUACUUCACUCUUUGAAAUUUUAAUCUCAUUAAUGAGUAUUUUGGAUAUAUCAGUACUCCAAGAAUUUGUCACAUACCGGUAUCUCAAAUAAAUUAUCUUGGAUGUGUUCUGGCAUGAUAUGAAUGAGCAUGGCACCAUGUAUUUUCUCAUGUUUGCUUUAAGCAGAGGCUCGAGACACUUAACAUAAUUAAUUUACACUGCUGUUGAUAAAGGUUUCUUUCUGAAAAGAAACUAUUUCAACUUGAAAAAGCGUUGCCAAACUUAAAUUACAGUUUUACAUUUUAAGCUAUUACAACAACAAAAAAAAUCAUCUACACUUAGAUUUAUUUAAAUUACUCAAAUUGUUUUGAAAUUUACUUGUUAAUUAUGUUUUACUUGAAUUAAAUUUACAUACAGUAAAUCAAUCAUGCAAAUAAGUUAAAGUUAAUUACUGAACUCAACUUUAUCAACUUUUAUUUGGACUUCAUUUAAAUAUUUUUUUAUCCAUUUCCAUUUCUACUAAGAUUUAUGUUUAUUAAUUUUAUUUUAUAAAAAUCUUUUCUCACUUUUAUGUAUGAGAUAAUUAUAAUUUGAACAGUUUGUUAGAUGAGUUAAAGCAAUACUGUUACCUUUAAUAAGAUAAGGCUAGGGAUCAGAAAUAUCAGCUUUGUCAAACCUCAUUUAAUAUUAUCUACUUUAAAAACAUUCAGCUUUUGUUUAAAUAAUCUUAUAAGGUAUUUUACGGUUAAAAACAAAAAUUCAUCUAAAUUUUUAAAGUAUAAUUUUAAGUAUAAGUUAAGUUAAUCUUUUAAGAAUUAUUGAAGCAAAGAAAAUAAAAUGCCAAAUACUAUUGAGAGGGGAAAAAAAAUAUAUUUUUACAUUAUGAGACCCUCAAAGCAUACAUAUAUAAUUCCAGAUGUCUCUAUCACCUCAAGAGGAGGAAAUUACUGCCAGUGGUCACUUGACACCCGAAAGACAAGAAAUUAUCCAGAUGGUGAAAUGUCGCAUGCAGACACAGGGACUGCCCCUGGAAGAUUAUUGUGAGAGUGGGUUGGCGUGCCCUAUCGUUUCAUUUCCUUUUUCUUUCUUUUUCCUCUCUCUUAGUCAUAACUUUUUAAAUAAAAUUUUUAUUCUUACAGACGAAACUUGAAAAUUUUUUAAGAUGUUAAUUGUUUAGUUCAUUUCACUAUUUAUUGUCUAUUUUUCAUUCUAUACUUUAUGUUUAAAAUUUUGACCCAAAAGCCUCUUAAAAGACCAACAAAAACGUGCCCAAAAAUGUUGUUUAAGCUUAUGCAGAGAAAUAGAAAUGAGAAUACCCCCCCUCCCGCCCCCCCCCCCCGCCCCAACAACAAGGUCAUCGCCUGUAUUUUUAUGAGAUGAGUACACUGCUGUAUUAUUGUUUUUACUGCUAGUCCUGUAAUUCCCAAUCCAAGUCAGAGUAUAUGUGUAUUUGGCACUGGCUAAUCCUCAUGAGACUUACAACUCACCUUAAGUGUAAAGCUGACCCUACUUGUAAAUAUGGUUCAGGUUUAUAUUUAUUUGGUUUGAAAGUUAAUUAUGAGGCUAAAAAAUCCCUUGUGCAGAGUUAUCCAUACAAAGAUACUAUGUUAAUAAGAUCUUGAGAUACCUGCUCUAAUUUGCUUUAAUUUUCACUUCUUUAUUUUUUCUUGGAACAGAUGAGGUCAGCGACACAAGGAAGACAAUAUCCUAUGUGCUGAUCAACCCCAGCUAUGACCUAAAGCUGGAACUUGGAGACAUCAUGUAAGAAGCCUUUUUAUUCUUUUUUUAUAUUCUUUCUACAUUCAUAUACCUUUAGUUAUAUGCUCCCCAAAAUUUUCUAAUAAUGAGGCAUUUAAAAAAAUUCUGAGUCCGUAAAAGUGUAAUAAAACAAUUAAAAAAUUAAACACAACUAGUUGUACCAUAUUUUCUGGCGUAUAAGACGACUUUUUAACCCUUGAAAAUCUUUUCAAAAGGGGGGGUUCAUCUUAGACGCAGUGAAUCGUCUUAUAAGCUGGUAUACGGUGUGCUAAAACUUCAGGGACAGGCGCCCUCUAGUUCUAGUUUGGUUGACAGCUUAGAGAACAAACAGCAUGGCAGCUCCCACGGGUUUAUUGUCUUACCUUUCCUUUCAGCUUUAUAGUGAAUUAUGAAAAAUUUAAUCCACUUGCACUGUUUUAUGUUUACACGUUUGAUGACAAACAGCCUUAUGUUGUUUUUUUAUAAGUGACAGUUUUCCUGCUAAGUACCUGCAUGUCAUAAGCAUUUGAAUUAAAAUUACCAUAUUGAAAUCAAAUCUGAUGUUUUUUAAUUUUUAUUUGGUGUGUGUUGGGAGAGGGGUAGUCUUAUAUGGCGAGUAUAGCCCAAACCCUAUAGUUUAACUGGAAAAGUAGGGGGUCAUCUUAUACGCCCAGCUGCCUUAAAUGCUGGAAAAUAUGGUAGUUUUUUUCAUAUUAAUGACAAAGUUAGUUAAAUGUAAUAACAUGAAAAUAUUCAAAUGAAAUUAAGGUUUAUUAGUAUUUUAGCAAAUAGAUUUAAAACAGUUCAUGUUAGAUCCACUACACAGCAGUAUCCCAUAAUUCAUUUAGAAUAUUUUAAGUGGCACUGAGUUAGUUGAUCUCAAAAAUCAUUGGCUCUAAAAGCUGAUAUGGAAUGAUGCUAGCAUAAAUUUGCUUGCAUUGUGAUAAUAAGCUCAGUAGAAGUAAUCUUAAAAAAUAAUAUUUUCUCUAUUUUUUAAAUAAUUUCUAGCAGUAAGAAAUGUUCAACAAGAGCAAAUUUUUGGAAAGCUUUCAAAAAAAUAUAUUUUUUCACUGUCAUUAAUUUUUGCUGUUUUCCUGUAAAGAACAUGGAUUACAUUUUAUUAUCACUUUUUACAGCUAUGUUAUUCGUCCAAGCUCCUUGUCACUCCAGCCAUCACCUCUGACUGAUGAGAGGAAACUUCUUCAACAUGAUUUCCAAGAUUUUCCACAACAUCACAUGAGUGGUGGUGAUGAUGCUGAUAUGCCAGACACACCAGGUCAUGAUAAUGGUCGGGACGACUGCAAUGAUCAUCUGAUCACAAAAACCUCUCAAGAUUCAACAGUUUCGGCCCCAGCCAAGGUAAACAAAAGGAGAUGACUGUGAUUACGGCAAUAAUCUAAGUGGAGUCAGAGAUGUGCAUUUUCCAGCCCUUGGCAAAGAUAGACUUUAUGUCAUUGUUAUGUUAACCAAGUGAGAAAUUUGAGUUUUCUUGAUUUUAUUUUUUAAAAUAACAAUUUUUCUUGUUUCCUUACAGUUUCACAAUUUAUAGACAUAGCAUAUGAAAAUAAAAAUUUAACAUCACAAAGCAACAACAACAAAAUAUUGACCUAAAAAGAAACUUAUUUUAGCGUGUGCCUUUGAGUUAAAUUAAAAGUAGCCUUAAAGAUUUUUUUUUUUUGAUUUUGCUAAAAAAAAUUUUAGAAUAAUUUCUUAACAUCCUUUAUAAUUUUUAAUGUUCAGUUUAGGUCAAGUGUCUCAUUUAGUUUAAUUUUUUAAACUUGUUAUUUUUUCCUUUUUGUCAUUAGUAAUUUCCUUUUUUUUCCAUGGUUAGAUCCCAGUGAUAUUUUAUGAAAACAUGGAAAGCCCACGGGAUAUGUCAGUAAGCCUGCCAGCUGAUCUCCAAGCUCACUACAUGUCCCACCAAGGCAGUGGGGACCCUCCAAACCACUUCUCCCACAGAUCAAGGGAUGAAGGGUCAACGCCUGAGAGUGAUGGCAACCUCAAAUCUAUUUAUAGCUCCGACAGCCCCGCAGUUUUUAGCAAUGACACUUUGAAUGUAACCAUCGUGUGAGCCAGAAAUACAUGCCGACAUUUUAAGCCACGGUCCUGCCUUAUUUAAGUAACUGGUCUACCAGCUAUUAUGGCAUUGGUAAAAUUGACUGCUGAGGC